UGAAACUUCACAACUUUGACUGUCAACAUUAACUUUCUUAUUUAGUCGAUUAAUUUUUCUUCCAAAGCAAGGUGCUGAGCGAAACUAAUUUGAGCUUCAUAUUAUUUUCAUUUUUGCAAAAUACUAAAUAACAUUCGCUAAUGGUGCAUAGUAUUAAAUUAAAGCAAAUCAGAUAUGCUGACAUAAACGUGAUAAUGGUGUUUUUAUGUCUACUAAAUCAAAUAUAGUAUCGCGGUGGCGGGUUGCGAGCAGGGCGCGGGCGGGGGCGGGGGCGCGGCGGGCCGCGGCGCGGACACGAUCCGGCGCGUGAAGGUGAAGAUGUCGUCGGUAUCCGCGCAGGGCGUGGUGGAGCGCGCGUCGGCCGAGCUGUCGCGCCGCAUCACGGGGCUGGGGCUGCGCGGGCGGCGGCGCUCGCCCGGCGUGGUGGAGCGCGUCGCUAACGCGCUCUGCGGCCCCACCGCCGCCGCGCCCCGCGUGCCCCGCCGCCGGCGCCCGUCCCCUCGCCCCCUCGUCUGGACUCAGUACGUCCAGGAGGAACGCUUUCUUGAAAAGUUCUUCCUGUAUUUCAACUCCAACGAGCGACGGACGUUGGCUCAAGUCUGCACCAAGUGGCGCGACGUGCUAUACUCGUCGCCGCGAUGGUGGACCGGCCUAGUGGCGGUCCUCGACUGCCGCGAGCUCCGCUCGGCCACGGGCUUAUGCAUGCAGAGGUUCUAUAACUCCUUAGUUAGAAGAGGAAUCCGCGGGGUUGUGUUAGUUUCGGCUAGUGAUGAUGAUAUUAAUGAAUUUAUAAGACAAUUUCCCUUGUCGGCUCACCACGUCCACGCUAUUAGCCUAAAAGGAUGCACAAUAACAGACAGAGGGCUUGAAGCGAUCUUGGAUCACCUACAGGUUCUGUUUGAACUAGAACUAACUGGAUGCAAUGAAAUAACAGAAGCUGGUUUAUGGGCAUGUCUAACUCCACGAAUUGUCUCACUCACGCUUACUGACUGCAUUAACAUUGCUGACGAAGCCGUAGGAGCAGUGGCGCAACUCCUGCCGUCCCUAUACGAAUUCUCCCUUCAAGCAUACCAUGUAACGGACGCGGCGCUCGGCUACUUCUCGCCCAAACAGAGCGCCUCGCUCAGCGUGCUGAGGCUGCACAGUUGCUGGGAGCUCACCAAUCACGGCGUCGUCAAUAUUGUGCAUUCUCUUCCCAACCUGACCGUACUGUCACUAAGCGGGUGCAGCAAAGUGACUGACGAAGGUGUAGAGCUCCUAGCUGAGAACUUGCCGCGGCUCCGCUGCCUCGACCUGAGCUGGUGCCCGCGCGUCACCGACAACGCACUGGAGUACAUCGCUUGCGACCUCAACCACCUGGAAGAACUGACUCUAGACCGUUGCGUGCACAUAACGGAUAUAGGCGUGGGUUACAUCAGUACGAUGCAAUCGUUAGUGGCGCUGUUCUUGCGCUGGUGCUCGCAACUCCGUGACUUUGGCGUACAACAUCUCUGCGGUAUGCGGUCGCUGCAGCUGUUGUCACUGGCCGGUUGCCCGCUGCUGACUUCAGGCGGUCUCUCAAGUCUGAUCCAACUGCGGCAGCUCCGAGAGCUCGAGCUGACAAAUUGCCCCGGCGCCUCGCCCGAGCUCUUCGACUAUCUGCAUGAGCAUCUACCCCGGUGCACCAUCAUAGAGUAAUCAGUGUAAUCACGUCAAUUCAACAGGUACUCGAGGAAAAUCAUUUUCGUUGCAUUUUGCAUUCAAUACUGAACACGUCAUAUUGUAUGAUGUUUGUCAUGUUGUAUGAUGCCGUUUGAUCAGUAUUUAUUUUUAUAGAGCUGUACCGAAUAUACAGUUCAGAUCUUACCUAACCGAAUAUUCGGCCGAAUUAUUCGAUUCAUCUGUAUCAUCUCAUAAUUUGAAAACGCUUUAAUUAAAUUAGCAGCGACAGAUGAAUCGCUUCUUAGGCAAUUCCCUAGAAACAAACAGGUCAAAGGCAAGAGACACUCAAACAAAUCACCAUUAUCCAAAUAAUCAAAAUAUCCUGUGGAUUCAACAUGCUGAAUACCAAAUCUUCAGAAUUCGAAUAGCAGAAAAACGGUUCUGUUUUAGUUUAAAUUAUAAUGAUUUGUUGAUACAUAACUUUUCAUUAUAAUUAUCAUGAAGAUUACCUAUAAGAUUGUAACGAAAAUAAUUACUUAUUUAUUUUAGCGCCACCUUGUAGACACUUAUAAACCUCGAUUUGAUCAUCAGUAAUGGCAAGAUGGCGGCAUCUAAUUGCGGAUUUUGACCAAACAAACGAAAAACGGCUCCAGCACAAUAUGUUAAUUUUUCUUAACAAUCUAUUGCAGAUGUGUUUAUUUGUUCGUUUGGUCUAAAUCCAAUAACUACCAAACAUUAAAAAAAGAAAGUAUUUAUAAUUUUAUGACGCACGUAUUAUUUUGAUAAUGUAGUUAUUCUGGUCCUUUUAUUAUUGAGUUGGUUUAUUGCUCAUCUUUGGAUUGAAUAGCAAUAUUGAUUUUAUAUUUAUUUAGGUAUAUAGAAAAUAAGGAUAAGUCAAUUGUUUAGUUUGUGUAAUUAUUUAGAUGUUAUAAUAUUUACAUAAACGGUUAAAUAUUUCAUGUAGAACUGUUUGUAUUGGUAGUUUUGUAGAAGCAUUGCAGAACAAUUCAAAACACCUACCUACAAUAUGCAAAACACACAAUAUGAUCAAGUUCUAACUAUUUGCUCAAAUUGUUUUAAAUGUUAUGUCGAAACUGCGUCUGAAAAGAAUAUUAUAAAAGUGUUUAUGUAAUGAUUUACUAAUCAGCUUGUACAUAUUUAAAUCAAAAUCGGAUAAUUUUAAAAAGUGUGCAUGAGAUUUUUCGCAGAUAUGAGCAGAUUAUACAAUGAAAAUACUGAAAUGCAUCUACUUUAAUGAAAUCUUUUAAAAGAGCCUAAAAUGAAUCAUGUAAUUUACCCGUUAUGACCUGUGUAUUUUUCUUCUAUACCAAUACGUAAGUCAUGAUGUAUCAUGAUGUAUGUGUAUUUCCUUUGUAUUCGAUUCUAAAUAACCUUUAGAAUUUCGUCUUUUAAAUUGGUACAGUUGAUGUAAUACGUAUUACGUACAUUAACUGUUUGUAAAUAAGAUCAGCAUUAUCGCUGGACAUACUAUACCCAUAGAGCCAUGAGACUUCAGAAAAGGUCUGUAUAUAAACUGAAUAAUUAUAUUUAAGACUCUUUUUUCCGAUUGACGAUUUUGGUGUGUAGCACUGUUUUCUCAGUCUAUAAAAUAUAAUUAUUUGUGCUGUUCUCAGAGGGCACUAAAUUUGGUAAGCGCAUAAUUACGUGUCGAAACGUUAAUGAUAGCCAAAGAGAAUAUAUAGGAUAGAGGGGUACUGUCAUAGUAAAUUUUGUAGUCACAGUAAAUGUACUGCCAUCUAUCGACACACGAUUAAAACUAAAAAUAAAAAUAUCAAAAAAUACAUGGAUACAAUAUGGAUAUAUAUGGUACAUGAUUUUUUGAUUUUUAUGAUUUUGACCCAUGUUGUUUCACUGAUAUGUGUUAAAAUUGUUAAAUAACAAACGAAACCGUCAACGCCAUCUAAACGAGAAAAGGCCAAAGGUUGGUAGCGCUAAGUGCGAGAAUCAAAUUUUCUUGGUUUCCGAGGCACGUUUUUUCCUUAGACUUUAUUCAUCUUAUACGGAGUUUAAAUAACUUAGCGGUUUCACUCGCGUAUUUUUAGUCACUCGCGCGACAUGUUUCGGAGAGCCCUAGGUCUCCAUUUUCAAACACUAACAGUGCCUGAGUGAGUAGCGGUCACGACGGAUGGGCGUCAUGGACUUUUAAAUUCGAUUACACGGAGUUAUAUAGGUCUUUGAUGACAGCGUGAGCGGCGACCACAUCAAGGUUCCUUUUCUUGAAAGUAACACAUUUGUAACAAUAACAAUCUACUUUCCGUAACAUUGUAUAAAUUUCUUAGAGAAAGUUUCCAUUUGCCUUUUAAAACUUCACCAUUUCUACAUAAAACUCUUUUAUCUACUCAACUCAUCGGAACCGGAAAUAAGUUUGUGCGGAUAUAUAUUAAAUACAAUUUAGUCUUUAUUGACUUAUAUAAUCAUUUUCGUAUUGAAAAUCCAGUCAACAUUUUGGGAAGUUCAAUACAUUUAUAUAAAAAUCGACGAGGCAAAUAAUGAAUUUCAAUCAACGUGUAACUCGUUGGUUUCUCUUUACAUCUACCUUUAAUGUACGGUAGAAUAAAUUAUUGGUUUAUAAACCAGCAGAAUAACAUUGACAAGAUUGCUUUAUUUUAUAAACAAAAAGUACGUAUUUUGUAAAUAGUUACGUUACCUAUUAUGCUUCUUGCAUUUAUUUAUUUGACAGUAUUACGCCAGCGCAUAAAUAAAUUGCACAUUGUUUUUUCUGUGAGUUACAUGUUUUGUAACGUUACAUUUCAGUAUUUACAUGUUUUGGCUAUUUUAUUUGUAAAGAUAUGAAUAUGAGCGUACAAUAUUUUUAAUUUGUCGCUAUACCGUCCGAAGUUGUGAGUUUGUGUGCGUGUGCCUGUGUGAACACCUAAGUUCGUAUCCAUACGAUACGACAGAAAUGCUUGAUACCCUGUAUAUGUUAGAGACCCUACUUUCCAAGGUAAUUAACGUUUCCAAAUGUUCGUGUGCAUUCGGCCUUAGAUUAUUAGUUAAGUCGCGAUACUCUGCACAGAGCAGUCGUAUCCUAGACUAAAACACCAAGUAUAAUAUUUAUGAAUGGCACGUUUCUCUACAACAAACGCUGCAUUUAAUCUUAAGCAUGAUAUUUCGAAGGCAACUAGUGAUAUAUUGCAACGUUGCAUGUAUCGAAACACAUCAGCCUUCUGGUUAGUUUUUAACUUUUAGAAGACGAGCCAGAUGGUUGAUGUGUAUCGUAUAUUAAUAUAUGCUUUGCAAAUAGAAUAGUAAAGAAGAUCUGUCGAAGUUUAACCAGUUGUUAUUUCAGGCAUAGUAUCGUAUUAUACAUAUGUUAGUAACGUACAAUAAAAGGUAUUUCACCGGUCAUGGCACUCGUGGCCGAUGCCUACAUAAAAAUUGAGGAUAUUUUAGAGACGAACACUUACGAAACUUAAUUUAAUGAAGUUAAAGUUGCAAUUUCAUUGAUAAUGAAAUUGCUCAAGGUGGAGAUUGUAAUUACAUCUGUACUUUCAUUACUUAAGUUUUAUUUUUGUGGGUAUCUAAAAAUUCGUUGCCGCUAGUGAGCGCCGGCUAUAACCGUUACCUUGUGGUAAAAUUAUCGGUUCCCAUGGCAAUAUUAGCUUACUAAAUAGCGUUCGACCAUAUUGCUGUAUCGGUUUGGAUUUUUUCUAGUCAUGAAAUUAUUUAUACCUAAACAAAAAGUAGUUCUUAGCAUUUCCUAUUCGGUAAUCCUGUGACAGUUUUAAAGUAGUGUGUAAUGAGAACAUGAAAAGUGUGUAUCCUAACGCGUGUAGUGUGUUUAAAAAAGAUUUGCAAUAACAAUAUAGACUGGGGAUUCACGUAGACAGACUGUUAAUAGAUUUAUAUAUUUAACAGUUAAACCAAGAAGUCUGCCGAAAUGUUGACAGCACACGUAGUGCAAUUUUAAACUUGUAUGAAAUUAUGACGUAUAAAUAACACUGGCACUGCGUAUGCUUGCAAAAUCUUUGCAGACUUUUCUUGGGUUAUCUCUACUACUGUAUUGUAUCAUCAAGUCGAUGCAAACUGUGACAGUAAACAUUGUUGUUUACCUAAAGUAAGGACGCAAAGAACGAACAAUUCUGUACAUUGACCUGCCUGUUCCUAUCUCUAUCGCACGCGCGCGUAAUUAUAUUGCUAUCCUGCCCAUGAUGCUGGCGCGGGCCGUCAAUGACACUGUGCAAGAGGGACUGCAAUAUAACAUUAAAUAAUUUCACGGUUUAGAGUUUAGACUCACUUGUUUUAGCGAGUGACUAGGAUCGAAAUUUAUGGAGAAUAAUGUCAUAGUUUGCAUUUACUUGCGGCGCGUGAGUAAAAUUAAUAUAGCAACCUUAAAUAAUUCAUAGUAACAAACAAAAUUUAUAGUAGAUACGUAAUUGAAAGGAAAUAUUGGUUUGAAGUUGCCUUUUAGUGUCGUAUCAUCUGUGGUGAAAUAGCAAUACCUAUGUCAAUUGUAAUUUGAACUCAUUUACACUAUAAACGUGCCAGUACCCAGAACGUCUUCGAUGUAGGUGCUUAGUCUUACAAGUACUAUCUCCUAGUUCAAAUUUCAUUUGAGCAACUCCUAUUGUCGAUUGAAACUUCCAUAUAUUCUAAACCGGAAUAUUAUAAAAAGAACUAAAAGGUUUAAAACUUUUUAAAAGAAAAUGACACAUGAGGAGUCAGUUGUAUUGUGUUAGAUUACUGGACCAUGGAUGAUGUAAAUACGACGUGUUUUGUAUAUAAACAAUUAAAUUAGUAAAAUAAUAUACAUAAUAUGUUACGUAUAUAAAUCUCACAUUGUUGACGAGACGAGAUUCCUUCUCCAUUGCUUUAUAACGGUUGUAAUGAAAUCUUAAUAAGCAAUACCUACAAUGUUAAAAAAUAUCUACCUAAUAACUCUUGGUUUUAAAUUUAAAGUUCCGUGCCUGUAACAUUUCUUGUCUAUAAGCAUCGCUAAGCUGUAAGAAUUGUAUAUUAUAAAUGCCGGAGAUAUUUUUGUACAGCUUCAAAUCUUCAAUUAGUCAUAAGAAGAUGCGUUUUGCUCCAAUAAUUAAUGUUCCCUGUAGACAAAAUUGUUGUCUACUUUAAGUGUACUUUAACCCUGAGUUGUAAAUGGGCAACUAUUUUCCAUAUGUUUAAUGCACCUGCUAGAAUUUUAUUGGCAUCAGUGUAUCUUCUCCCUGUGUUGUAUUUAGAGAAUUCGAAAUUACACCCGAUUUGUACAAUACCCAAGUGAGAUGUUAUAGUGCAAUAUAGAUGUAUUGUUUUACCAAA